AUGGAAAAUAAGGCAUCCUUCAAGGAGGAAGCAUUCUUGGGGAACACUGAAGAAGAAGCAGCUUCUGACCAAAUCAUGUUUCCUGGGAUAGAGACCUUUGAAAUCUAUGAUUCAAAGCCCAAGAAGAGAAAUGGGAUGAACUGCUUCAUGGCCAUAGUGGCCGUUUACUUGAUUGUGCUCACGGCAGGUGCUGCGUUGCUGGUGGUCCAAGUUCUGAAUCUGCAGGAGCGCCUGUGGGCCCUGGAGUCGUACUUUCCCAAUACAACGCUGACGGCGGAGGACAGACAAACCUCCUGGCUACCUUCAGCGCACCGCCAAAUAUUCCUGGCUCCGAGUGUAUCCGAGCUGCAAGACCUGCAGGCCCAGAUGGUCCAGGUUCGCGGCAGCCAGGAGCGGCUUCUUCAGCGGAUAGACAGCUUCACCCAGAACCCAGAACUACUCGGGAUUAAAGGUGAACAAGGCGCCCCAGGUAACCAAGGGGCCCCAGGAUCCCCAGGUAUGCCUGGCCCGCCGGGGCCACCAGCUGAGAAGGGAGCCACGGGGGCCCCAGGACGAGAUGGAACCCCAGGUCUCCGGGGACCCCAGGGCCCACCAGGCAUCAAGGGAGACGCAGGCCUCCAAGGACCCAAGGGCGAGCCUGGGGAGCAAGGAGCCACUGGGUCCCCAGGACCCCAAGGACAGAAGGGCAGCCAAGGCAGCGAGGGUGUCAUGGGCCCCAAGGGGGACACCGGCGCUAAGGGGGACAAAGGAGACCUGGGCGCCCCAGGAAGCAAAGGAGACAUGGGCAUGAAAGGAGAUACAGGGCUCAUGGGACCCCCUGGGCCCCCGGGGAGUAAAGGUGACUCUGGGAACUCAGGCCCACAAGGUCCACCUGGACCUCUUGGAGACAAGGGUGAUAAAGGAGAACUUGGACCGCAAGGUGUUCCAGGCCAUCCCGGUGCAGCGGGACCAUCGGGUCCCAAAGGUGAACCUGGCAGAACUGGGUCACCUGGAGUAACAGGACCACAGGGGAGUCCCGGGAGACCAGGAGACCAGGGUAUGAAAGGAAGCAAGGGAGACACAGGAAUUCAAGGACAGAAAGGGACAAAAGGAGAAUCAGGAAUCCCAGGCAUAAAGGGAGAAAUGGGAAGAACCGGGUCGAUAGGUCUUGCAGGACCACCUGGACGGCCUGGACCACCUGGACCAUCUGGCCUGACGGGGAGCCCAGGACAAAAAGGAUCUUCUGGGCCGCAAGGAGAAAAGGGAGAAAAAGGUCAAAAAGGCACAUCCUUCACACAUGCCAGAAUCGUCGGCAGCAGCAAUCGUGGUCGGGCUGAAGUUUACUAUAACGAUGUCUGGGGGACAAUUUGUGAUGACAGCUGGGACAACUCUGACGCCACCGUCUUCUGCCGCAUGCUGGGUUUCUCCAGGGGAACGGCCCUCGGCAGUUUUGGGGGCGGAACUGGGAAGAUCUGGCUGGACGAUGUCGCCUGCACAGGCUCAGAAUUGACCCUGUGGAACUGCAAUAAGAGCAACUGGGGCUCUCACAACUGCAACCACAGCGAGGACGCGGGCGUGGACUGCAGCUGA